UUUACGCCCUGGCUCUAUGACCCACCUCCUUAGACACGUCGAAGAGUGGCGGAAGAGUGGAGUAUUAGUUUGGAAAUGGCUUAUCAGACUCUUCGUCAGGAGUAUCUACAGAUUCCAAUUGUUACUAGAGCCUACACCACAGCCUGUGUGGUCACAACUGCUGCUGUGCAAUUAGAGAUUAUCACUCCAUUUCAGCUUUACUUCAACCCUGAUUUAAUAUUUUCAAAGUUCCAGAUAUGGCGGCUUAUUACAAAUUUUCUGUUUUUUGGACCUGUUGGAUUUAACUUUUUAUUUAAUAUGAUUUUUCUAUACCGGUAUUGCCGAAUGCUAGAGGAAGGGUCCUUCAGAGGGCGUACAGCUGAUUUCAUCUUCAUGUUCCUCUUUGGUGGAACAUUAAUGACUUUAUUUGGCUUAUUUGUAAGCUUGGUCUUCCUUGGUCAGGCCUUUACUAUCAUGCUAGUUUAUGUGUGGAGUCGAAGAAAUCCCUAUGUACGCAUGAACUUCUUUGGGUUGCUAAACUUUGAGGCACCGUUUCUUCCCUGGGUCCUCAUGGGAUUUUCACUUCUACUGGGAAACUCCAUCAUUGUUGACUUCUUGGGAAUUGCAGUUGGUCACAUUUAUUAUUUUCUUGAGGAUGUGUUUCCUGCACAGCCAGGUGGCAGCCGUUGGUUACGAACCCCAAGCAUUUUGAAAGCAUUAUUUGAUGCCCCAGCAGAAGAUGCAAACUAUAACCCCCUCCCUGAAGAACGGCCUGGAGGCUUUCCAUGGGGAGAGGGCAACGUCUUGGGGGCUAACUAUCUGCAAAACCAAGAAAAGAAAAGAAGGGGGAAAAUCAAACAUGCUUUCAUGGAGCCUUUUAUACUGUGUGUUUGAACUCUUUUUUUUGCUUCAGACAGAAUGGACUGGAUGAGCGGAUAAAUGGAUUAUUCCUUCACUGUAAAGAGCUGUCAGUAGUAUGUGUUUUUUUUCAUUCCUAGUGGAAAAGCACCAAUGCAGCAUUUUAAUGGCAGCCACAGUAUUAGAAGGAUGCUGAAGGCUGUAAUGGUAUAUAGUGAAAGCUGACAGAAUUAGUGGGAACAAUUGUGGCCUUAACAAGAUCUCAUCCAAGAACUGCGAAGAAGAGGUGGAUGUGAGAGUUCUCUGUCCCUGCACAAUGAGUCUCCCUGAAUACCUCUAAAAUAUUUUCCAUGCAAAGAAUGUUGCCACAUACAGUUUUUUAUGAUAUAACAUUUGGCACCUGUUUUUUGAUUCAUUGUUUCAGAGAAUCAGAUGUUGUUGUCCAAAAUGGAUAGCUUUAAACAUGUUCAUGUAUGUCUGAGGUGGUGAACUAAGAGAGUUGCUGCACAUAAGUGAUUGGGAAAAAAUUGCAUUUGUAUAUAACUAUAUAUAAAAGUUUUGAAUAUUUUAUAUUUCAUUAUUGUAAAACUAAUGUACAAUAGUGUGGAAAUAAACAGCUAGUGAGAUUCU